AACCUCAUUCAGCUCUACAGCCAUGGACGCCUCCACGUUUUCUCUUCAGCUUCAAAACUGCAGCUUUUUUCUUCCGGACUCUCAAAACCAGAGCUUUGCUGUAUCAGAUGCUGGUUAUUACAGCGCCACUGGUAGCCUUUCUCCAACCUCCUCCAUCGAUUCCUGCAGUUUUUCUCCACCAGCUUACUCUUUGCUGCCUCAGAUCUUCCCAAAAAGCAUCCAGAAGACAGAUGUCCAGCCGCCGAAGAGAACCGGACGUCCCAAAUCGAAGUUUCCUGGAGUUAAACGGCAGACUGCAAGCGAGCGGGAGAAGUUGAGGAUGAGGGAUCUCACCAAAGCUCUUCAUCACCUCAGGACCUUCCUGCCUGCGUCUGUGGCUCCCGUGGGAAAAACGCUGACCAAGAUUGAGACGCUGCGGCUCGCCAUAAAGUACAUCUCCUGUUUAUCUGAUCAGCUCGGAUGCGGUGAAGAUGUGGAGAUUUGUGAAGCGCAGGACGAGGUUAUCAGCACAUCAGCAAGCGUGUUUGACAACUUCAGUUCAGCUUCUUCGGCUUCUCAAAGUUUACCAGCUCAGCAGUUCAUGUCUAUGAGCUGUUAUCAGACUCAGAAUCCAGUUCAAGGUGAUUUCCAUUCAUUCCCAGCUCAAGACGUCUGGUUUUCCCAGCAGCACAAUUUUUUCCAUGGACAGUGCUGACCAAAACUGACCUUAUUGAAAAUAUGGAUGCAGUAAUUAAUUUGUGCAAUGCUUGCAUGCUAAUGGAAAUGAAAGACUUUAUAUAUUUUUUGUAAAUAUAUUUGUACAGCUAUUUAUAAUUUUAUAUGUUUAAAAUGAUAUCAGUAUUUAUAAUUGCUACAUCUUUCCGGCAAAUAAAGACAUGAAGACAUC